GGUUGCAGCCCCAGAAUUUUCUAUAUAUUUCUUUUAUUGUGAAAUUACAUCCGUGCGCAGAACAUCCACUGCGCAGCCUCUUUAACAGUACUUCCGCAUUCGCAUUCGUCACAGCAGAAUCCACAGAAUCUGCUUGUACUUUGGCUGAGAAAACGUCCGAGCGACACAAUGAGCACCGACAAAUACCCCAGGACUUCUAUUGAAGACGACUUCAACUAUGGCACGAAUGUUGCCACGGCCAGUAUCCACAUACGGAUGGACUUCCUGAGGAAGGUGUACAGCCUCCUGAGCCUGCAGAUCCUCCUGACCACAGCCACCUCCGCGCUCUUCAUGUUCUCCCAGACCAUCAAGGAGUUCGUCCACGCCAGUCCUGCCGUGGUUCUGGUUUCAGCUCUGGGCUCUCUGGUUCUUCUGCUGGCUCUGGCCGUGUACAGGCACAAGCAUCCGCUCAACCUCUACCUGCUGCUCGUAUUUACGCUGCUGGAGGCGGUUUCCGUGGCCACGGCUUUGACUUUCUAUGAAUACGCCACUGUGCUGCAAGCCUUGUUCCUGACCUGUGCCGUGUUCGCCGGGCUCACAGCCUUCACCUUCCAGUCCAAGAGAGACUUCAGCAAAUGGGGAGUAGGUCUGUUCGCCUGCCUGUGGAUCCUCCUCAUCGCAGGCUUCAUGAGGUUCUUCUUCAACAGUGACAGCAUGGAGCUGGUCAUGUCCUGCGCCGGGGCUCUGGUCUUCUGCGGCUUCAUCAUCUACGACACCCACCUGCUGAUGAAGCAGCUGUCGCCAGAGGAGCACAUCCUGGCCUCCAUCAACCUCUACCUGGACAUCGUCAACCUCUUUCUGCACAUCCUGCGCAUCCUCGACUCCAUGAAGAAGCACUGAGCGCUUCGCCUGGCUCCCGACAGCUUGUUCAGCCAUACUGGAGAGGUGGAGGUGUGCACAUGAGUCUUACUGUCGUUAAUCAGAAGUGACACAAAAUAAAAAUAAAAAACCUCUCAGUGCUCAAUGAUCUUUCCAGGUGGCUGUGUGAACUGCUUCAGCUUAUUUUUAUUCCAAACUUUUCCUGAUGGCUGGUUGUGGUUUUGUAUUAAAUUGAGGAGAUCUAUAUCAGUGAAGUUGUUUUGUUUUGAAACCAGAAUUUACUCAUCAUAUUUUGAGACACGAGAAUAGAGCCCACUAGCACCCCCUGCCUGGCCCAACGACUGCUCACCCUGUGGUGGUGCAGGAAAAACCUUCCCCAUGUUAAAAUCCAUUCUUCAGCACAACAACUCAGAUGGGUCUCUACUAAUUUAUUCCCAAACUGUAAUUAUUGUUGAAUGUUUUGUUGUCAAAAAUGAAUUAAUAUUCCAGCAGUGCGCCGUAGCCCUCAUGUUCCACAUCUGUUAAUGUUGUACGAUAGCAAGAAGAUGACACUAUGUUGGUUUUAAUGAACUUUAAACUGCUUGUUAAUGUCUUUGUACAUACUGUAACUUUUUUGGUUUGAAUGUGUACUGAACUAUAAAGGUAUUUUUUUGGGGAUCAGAGUGUAGAGUUGAAUCUGAAGGCUUUUAAUGAAUACUACAUGUGAUUCUCUCCUGAUUGUACCGAUCUCAAGCAGCAGGAGAUGUUGUGAUGGCAUUUGCUUCAGAUUGUUCUUAAUGCACAAUUCAAUAAAUAGAAAAAAAGA